UAUUUAUUUAUUAUUAUUUUUUUUUUCCGUUUUAUUUUAAACUAUUUCACACUGCCGUCUCGUCGCGGUCGUUGUUUAUGACAUUAUUAUUAUUCGAAAUAAAUCAUAUUUCGCGAACACGAUAAGUCACGCGUUUGUUUCGUUCAUUAUUAUUAUUUUUUUGUUUUUUUUUUUUCUAAAUUGCGUACAACUCUCCGCGUCAUUCGAUUUACGAGAUUCAUCCCCCGGACGUAUAUUAUAUACGUAUAAUUAUGUGAACUCCGCGGUCGAAAAAUGAUCGACUUCCGACUUCCGGCCAACGUUUUUCCAACGAACCGACCACUGUCGUCGGAGUUCAUAUGAAAAGAAAAAUUUCGUAACCAACGUGGUGGAACCGUCAAGAUUACGUUCACCAUGAGGAUUAAAAUGCCCGCAGUUCGUAUCGCUCAAGCGGAUACGGACCCGACACAUAGCACCGGCAACACCGAUCAGGUAGACCUGUUGACGUGUGGUCAGUGUCAGAGAGUGUUCCUAUUAUCGGACAUAUGCCGAUUCGUACAGCACAAGAUGACCGGUUGCAGCAAAGACUCACUGGCUGCCAACUGCAACAGCAACAGUGGCGACGACUGCGCCGGGCCACCGCCGCCGCCACAGCCACUCGACAACGGUCUUUCAGCGGCUAAGGCAAAGUCACACCAUCGGUCUCAGUCUCCGGCUGGUGCCGAUGACCCAUCUUCACUCCACCACCAUAAUCAUAAUCAUCAUCACAGGCGACCACCGCCGUCCAGCACACCCAAGCGGACGUCCGACCGAAACAACGGUGGCGAAGAUGGUACCGCGAGUUCCGAGGACGAGAAGUCCAGCGCCACUGCCGCCGCCACCAAGAGCGGACGGGUAAAACAGGGAUCUGAGUCGUCUGAGGACUUGGGUUACAAAAAGUCCAAUCGCUCGGCAUCGUCCUGCGUCGAUGCCGAAUCCAAUACCACUAACUCAGAACCUAGCAGUUUCGUGUGUUGCACGUGUAAGGCGAGGUUCAACUCGUCGUGGAGGCUUUUGCAGCAUGCUCAGACCUCACACUCGAUGAAGAUCUACACGGAUGGUACGCCAUCGCCAGUGUCGCAGUCCAAGAACAACUCCUCAUGCUCUUCGUUGGGGUCGUCUGGGUGCUCGAGCAGCAACACGUCAUCACUUCCAGGCAUGUCGUCGGUACUGCCGCUCACCCUAGGCAUGCCUCCUUCCCGGAUGAACAUGCAUUCCCAUCCACCACCGCCUCCACCACCACCCACGAGUACCGGGCCGCCAUCAAUGGUCGAUAACAACCCUAUGUCUAUGCCUAUGCACAACCCUUUUGCUGUUGGAGGCUUGCUUAGGAUGCCGAUGGGCGAGCCUCCCCAACGUCCGUCUCCGUUCCCCGGGACGUCUCCCAUCGGCAAUCCACCGCUGUUCGGACGGACGUCCAGUCAUCACCAAGAUCAUCAGUUCCGCAUGGAGCAGCUCAUGUCCGAACAGUUCAGACUCAACCAACAGCAGCACGGGCUGGGUUUCGCCGUGGCAGUGGCCGCGGCAAAUGCCAUGCCCACGUCACCAUUUCCGGGGCUAGCCGCCGCGGCUGCAGCCAAUGACCGGAACAAUCCUAGACACCCAGCGCCAACGUUACCGGCCUUAAAUCUCGAUCCGCAGAUGGAUUUUUACUCGCAGCGAUUGCGGCAACUCGCAGGUACCACUAGUCCUGGAGCUGCUACUGCACCAAGUUCGUCGCCUUCGCCGCGAAAAAUGACGCCUCCCUUUAGCAGCCCCAACAACAACAACAACAACAACAACAAUCACAUCAACAACAGUGUAUCGGCAACGGCAGCCGUGACUAUAGCACCGCAGACUAACACUACUGUUCCCUCAGCGGUCACCGUCGGUUUAAGUAAUAACAACAACAAUAACAACAACGUUAGCAACAACAAUUCGGUCGAGUCACUAACCGAACAAGACCGAAUCGCCGGCGACACGUCCAGACACACGCUUGACCUGUCGUCCAAUGCGUCCAAGGACAAGACGUGUCAAGACAUUACCAGUCAACCACAGGUGAUUGGUGAAGAGGAGAAAACUCGUGAGUGUGAAUACUGCGGAAAGAAGUUCCGGUUUCUGAGCAACUUGAUCGUACAUAGACGUACGCACACCGGAGAAAAACCGUACAAGUGUUCAGUAUGCGACCACGCAUGUACGCAGAGCUCCAAGCUGAAGCGGCACAUGAAAACGCACCGCCGGUCGAACCGGGGAAACGGGCUGGCCGGUGGCGAGUGUGGGACGACCGCCAAUGGGGUGGAUACGAGCUCGACACCGGACUUAACAUCCAACGAUGAUGACGAGGACGAUUCUGAAAUAGACGAUGAUGAAGCGGAAAUCGAGGAGGAGGAUGAUGGUGACGAGGACGACGCUGACGAAGACGAUGCUGAUGAGGACGAUGGUGACGAGGAUGAAGAAGAAGAAGAGGAGGAUAUGGAGCUGGAAGAUGAGGAUAACGAUGAAAACGACGAAGGUGGCGACGUUCCAGAAGACUUGACAACCAAGUCGACGUCGUCAGCCGAACACGACAAGAAGCCGGGCGGCAACAGUUCCAAUCGCACAUCUCCCGAGAACACACCGGGUGAUCGUAUACCGCAACCAUUACCACCGAGCUCUCUGGUCGGCGAGCUCAUGAGCAAAUUUGGCUUGAGUAAUAUCCAACAGUAUAGUGAAGCAUACAAGCAAGCGCUCAAGGAGUCUUCUUCGUUGCUUUCGCCUCAAUUCCGGAUCCGGCGGAAAGACAACUUUCGCCUAUCUCCGUCCAUCAUACCAGACAACAACAACAGUUCGACAAAAUCGGCAAACCCACUGCGCAACCUGGAGAAUGGACUUGUCGACAAGACUGCAGCAGAUAUCCGAUUUCGUGAGGAGCUGACCAAGAAUCUGAUCGCUGCUGGCCAGAAUCCACUCGACCUGGUGGGCGCACACCAUGGCAUCUUUGGACCGGGUUCCGCGUUUGAGAAUCCGUUUGACCCGGCCUCCAAGAGGCUGAAGCUCGAUACCGACAACCCGCAUCACCCACUACUCACCCGAGAACGGCUGUACGCAGCGAAUAUGUGGCUUCCGGCUAUAGCUGCACACCAUCGGGGCGAGUCGUUCUUGAGCGGACUUCCUGGAAAACCACCAUCGGCCGGAAGUGGAGUCGGAGAACCGGGCAGUGGCGGUGGCGGUGGUAGUGGCGGUCGCUCAAAACCGGGUCCCAGUUCGCUUUCGGCAGCCCUGAACCUGGGGCUGCAGGGGGCGCACUCCAAAAAAGAGUCGAGGCGCAACGACACGUGCGAGUACUGUGGAAAGGUGUUCAAGAACUGCAGCAACCUGACGGUGCACCGACGGUCGCACACCGGUGAAAAACCGUACAAGUGCGAAUUGUGCUCGUACGCGUGCGCCCAGAGCUCCAAAUUGACCAGGCACAUGAAGACACACGGUCGUCUGGGCAAGGACGUGUACCGGUGUCGGUUUUGCGAAAUGCCGUUCUCGGUGCCGUCCACGCUCGAGAAGCACAUGCGCAAGUGCGUGGUCAACCAGAACAUUAAGCUAGAGGGUAGCCAGUAUAUCAAAAUGGACGACGGCUCAAAGACCACAGAGUCUGGCGGUGCCGGCGGUUACAUUUUACCGUCGUCCAUGAUCGACGACGAGUCGUACAGCAGUUCGGCCGUUUCCAAAGACAACACAUGACUCUUCCCCUGGAGGGGUUUCAGCCCCCUCCCCGUACAGAGUACGACGAUAUACUGACGGCGGCUGCCGAGUUCACUGAAGAAUCGACGAAAACGAAAAUAAAAUAUAUUUAAUAACGAUAUCUACUAUUAAAUCGUACUCGACACGCAUAUUUUAAUUUUAUGUAAGUGUGUUAAGAAAUAUAUAUAUAUAUAGAUAAUUUACAAAAUACAAAUAGAUCUCGAAAAACAUUUAUAUAACAAUAAUAUUUUUGUUUUGACCAUGCAGUUUUAUGUUUUUUUUUCUUGUUUAGUUACCGUUUCACUAAAAACUUUUCUUGAAAAAAUGUUAUAUAACAUUUUUAUUAUAAACCAUACAGAAAACAAGGCGUCCUCUUCGCCACUCGUCUUUCUAUCGUGUACCGCUUUCACCCCUCUAUAUAGGUCUGGUGUAAAUACAGUCUUGUUUUAAUUUAAUUUUAUAUAAAUAUAUAUAUAUUUUUUUUAAAUCUUCCUUUAUCUGUUCGUAUAAGGCUAUAUAUUAUACCCACGGUUAAACAGCAUAACAUCGAUUCGCUCAAAACAAUAUUAUGCUAACUGAAAACAACGUACCAUUCCAAAUGCCUACCUAUCAACCAAUUAAUAUAUAUUAUAUUCUAUAUGGUUUUCGUGUUCACCGGACGUUGUACAGUUUACGACUAUUUUUUUUUUAAACUGAAUUUUCUUUCGUUCUGAUUCCGUUUCAACGAAAGUACCUCUUACAUUCCUGAGAGAUCAUCAUGAGUUCCACACCGAAGACUGCAUUUUUAAAGUUCGCAUAAUCAUUAUUAAAGUUUUCCAACCGCUUUAUACAUACGUGUCACGUUUACGUAUAGAUCGAGUGGAUGCGUGAUUAUGUGAAAGAAAAAUAAUAUUGUAAAUGGUAAUAAUUUUAUUAAUAUUAUACAAUAUUAUCUUGAUAAACAUUCCCGG